GUAAUCCAGUACCAGACUGUGCGGUACGACAUCCUUCCCCUGUCUCCGGUCUCCAGGAACCGACUCAAUCAGGUGAAGAAGAAGGUCCUAGUACUGGAUCUAGAUGAGACUCUCAUCCACUCUCAUCAUGAUGGCGUAUUGAGGCCAACAGUCCGUCCAGGAACCCCCCCAGAUUUUAUAUUAAAGGUGGUUAUAGAUAAACACCCAGUCAGAUUCUUUGUACAUAAGAGGCCACAUGUGGACUUCUUCCUAGAAGUGGUCAGUCAGUGGUACGAGUUGGUCGUCUUCACAGCCAGUAUGGAGAUUUACGGUUCUGCCGUGGCCGAUAAACUAGAUAAUAACAGAAGCAUCCUACAAAGGCGUUUCUACAGACAGCACUGCACGCUGGAGUUGGGCAGUUACAUUAAGGACCUCUCUGUGGUUCACAAUGACUUGUCAAGCGUAGUCAUCUUGGACAACUCUCCGGGAGCGUACAGGAGUCACCCAGAUAAUGCGAUUCCUAUCAAGUCGUGGUUCAGCGACCCCAGCGACACCGCGCUCCUCAACCUGCUUCCCAUGCUGGACGCCUUGAGGUUUACAGCCGAUGUCCGCUCUGUCCUAAGCCGUAACCUUCACCAGCAUCGACUGUGGUGACAUUGAGCCCACCCCCCCCGCGAUCCCCCGUUCAUCACCUCCCUUCCUCCGCCUUAUUCCUGCUCCCCCCCCCCCCAAUCUACAGACAGAGACUGUACACCCGCCCUCCGAGGAAGGAAGAUGCUGACCCGUCCUCCGGCCCCCCUUCUCUACCUCUAGGACACUUAUCACGGGGGGAGAGUGGUGACCAUGAACUCUAUGAAUUCCCUCCCUCCGCCCCUUUUUUUCAGGGGCUGGCGCGUGCGUGGGGAGACACUGAGUCUGGUUUUUAAUUGUAGACUUUCUUGUAUAAAGAGAAUUAUUUCAAA